UGCGUUCAAACGUGCGAAGGAACUGAUCCAUGGCUAGGGUUAGACAGUGGUGGAGCCAUGGGAAAGCCGUCGUUUUAAUUUGGUUAAUUUCUGCUGUUAUUUUCUUCUUUGGGUUUCGAAUGGCUGUCUACUCUUCAUCCAGAAACUCUUCAUUAACUGAUUCAGAGCCUUCCAUUUUGAAUUCCAAUAGACGGUCGCAACUGUAUGAUAAAAUGGCGAGGGAUUUGGAUGAGCAUGGCGCUGCUUUUCUUCAAGGGGGGAAAACUUCUCAGUCUUUGUCCCUUUCAGAAAUUUUUACCCUGAAAGAUGGGUCUGUCACGCCUGUACUUAAGGCAGCGAAUCCUCCUGUUCGAGCUAAUGUUUUGUACUUGAGUCCAGAAUUCUCGGAGUCGAUCUCGCAGGCUGUAAGGGGUAUAUUUCUUCCGUACUUUGAUAAAGCAAUCUGGUUCCAAAACUCCAGUUUAUAUCACUUUAGUAUGUUUCAUGCCUCACAUCAUAUAACGCCAAUCCCUGCUACCAAACCUGAGAUUGAGGCUGAAGAAAAUGCAGUUAAAGCUGUUGCAGACUCUAUUUGCCCUCUGAAAAUCAUCUUAGAUAGAGUGGUUUUGACUUCAACUGGUGUGCUUCUGGGCUGCUGGCAGGUAAUCUCUGGCACAGAUCCCAUGACCAUUCGUGCAAAACUGAGAAGUGCUCUCCCACACGCACCUGAAAAGCAACUUUAUGAUUCUGCUAUGCUUCACACUUCAUUUGCACGUCUUCUGGGGCAGCCAAAAAUGUCUGCUGAGGAGACUAAGAAGUAUUCUGACCAACUUGAAUUCUUCCAUGAGCUGGUGAAUCGUUUAAACAACAAACUUCAUGGGUUUGAGGCUGAAGUCUCUGAGCUCUGGUUUGUGGAGGAGUUCGAUGUGUUGGCACUUGCCUUAGAUGGUAGAAUUAUGCCACGCAGAUUUCAUCUUGGCUGCGUAAGAACUUAAAGUUUUGACAGGUACACAAUGUAGCUAAAAGCAUAGGAAUACUUUGCCUCGACACUAUAGCAGAGUACAAGGAUCGGUUGGCAACACCAUUUUGAGGGCCCCAAAUUUGAGAUUCCAUAAACUGGAAAUAGAUAUUUUACCAUAAUUGUUGAUACCAUAAAUGUAUUGUACAUUAGAUGGGAGGGUCAUUAGAAAAUGUUAGAAUUGUUGCCUUGUGAUGUUGGAUACUCCCCAUAAGAAAU